CCUCCUCCUCCUCCUCCCCGCCUGCCGCCAGGGUGUUGUCACUUCUUCUUCUAGUGCUCGGAACAAAACCUUAGCGCACACACGGCAGCAGCGUCGUGGCCUUGCGACUCUCCAGAGGAAACCUUUAAGCUUCCCCCUUCUGGUUGAGGUCGAAUAAUUGCGUUGCUACUGGGACUCUCGUCACACUCGACCCGGAAUUUACACGCCUGUUAACCGGUUGGGUCUUUGGUGGUUGUCCUACGGCCAUGGGGGACGUGGUUUCCUCUCACCUGGAUGAAGGCAAGCGGGAGAUGAUUACAGUGAAGACCGGAGAGGUGAUGAGACAAUUCAGUGACGUUUAUAAGCAGCAGUAUGCCGUCGCUCUCUUCAACAGCGUCCGCUACGAGAUAGAAGGAGGAGGUGGGCCACAAUCACAGUUGCUACACAGAAAGGAUCCUUUGGCUGGCCGUUUAAUCUUUUCUGGGAAUUUGUUCCAGUACCUAGAGGAAAAUCGCAAGUGGAGGAAUCGCUUUGUAUCAGUGCCAAACAACUACAGCAUCAACCUUUAUGAGAGCAAAACAGCACAUGAGCGGAGUCUGCAUCCCAAAGUAACCAUCAACUGUGCCGGCUACAAGGCCCUGACCUCCAUCGAAGAUUACAUUGAACUGAUUAACACUAGCCUUCCAGAUGUCAAAGCCAAAUUGGGCAGCAGUCCUUUCAUCAAGUGUGCAACUCAGUUCCCCCUCAUCCUGUGGCACCCAUAUGCCCGUCAUCAUUACUUUUGUGUGAUGACCGAGAAGGAGCAGCAGAAGUGGCAUGCUGUCUUGCAAGACUGCAUCCGGCACUGUAACAAUGGUCUGCCAGAAGACUGCACUGUUCAGACGCCAGCCUUCACUGACACUGUGAGACUUCAUAGACAGGGCAAAGGAGACUAUGGGACCUGGGACAUGAUGUGUGGAACUCCUCCACAGAUUCUGGCAAAUCUAGUGAUGGAGAGUCUCCACCCUGAACUGAGAAACGCCAUUGGUCCUCGUCUGAAAGGAAAGAUGCAGCAGAGGCAGAGGGAUUGGAUGUUUAUAUCUGAUGCCGUGUACAGGCAAGUCUUGGCCCAGACCACCAGUCAGUAUGAUUCUCUUCUUGUAACCUGUGAGGAUCAGAAGGUUCAGCUAGAUACCAGGCUGAGAACUGACAUGGACCAGGUCAUCACAUCUAAAGAACAUGUCAGCAGCAGGAUUCGAGCCCUGGUGUUACCCAAAGCUGAAGCUCUCCUGAAGACGAGUGUCCAACCUUACAUCAGCUCCAUCUUAGAGGCCCUGAUGGAGCCCACCAGCCGAGGUUUCGCUGAGGUCAGGGACGUUUUCUUCAGGGAGGUGGUGGACAUCAGCAAGAACCUGUUAAAUGGAGGAGACAAAGAAAAACUGGGAGAGCAUAUGGAGAAGCUCUCCAUGCUCGCCUUCCACCCUGUCAAAAUGAAGAGUUGCUAUGAGAACGUGGAGGAGCUAAACCUGGAGGGACUACAGCAAAGGUUCGACGUCUCCAGCCCCUCUGUGUUUGUAAACAGAGCUCAGAUCCUCAUGAGGGAGGAAAUGGAUAAUGCAGUACACACCUUUGAACAGCUGCUGCAGCAGUCUUUGGCUGCGCAGGGAGAAAAUGACAUGUGCAAAAUCAUCCAAGGUUGCCAGGACAGGGUUCUCAAGAAGUAUGAUUAUGACAGUAGCACAGUUCGCAAGAAGUUCUUCAGAGAGGCUCUGCUGCAGAUCAUAAUCCCCUACAUGCUGCAGCAGCUCGCACCAUCUUGCUCACCCGAGUUGCCACGUUUUAAAGAACUCAUCUUCGAGGAUUUUUCCCAGUUCCUUCUUGUGGAAAAUAUGUUUGAGGAAGUGGUGCUGCAGUCUGUCAUCAAGGACAUAAUGAUGGCUGUGAAGGAGGCUGCUGUCCAGAGGAGGCACAAUCUCUACAGAGACAGCAUUGUUAUGACCAACAGUGACCCCAACCUCCACUUGCUCGGUGAAAAUCCUCCAGUAAACUGGGGCACCAAAUUUAGCAACAGUGAACCAGAGGGUUCUCCCAGUGGUAGUGGUGAUGGAGGUUCCGGAAAUAGACGCAAGCAAGUCGUGUCCAUGAUCCAGCUCGAUGAAGUACCGCUGCCCUAUGAGUCCUGUUUGGAAGUUCCAGGGGUGGAACUCAUCCCUGAAGAGGAUGCUGUGGCGUCCGAUGACGGCGAGGAGCAGGCUGAGGCCGAUCUAUGCAAGGAGCCCAAAUCUCCAGAUAGUGUGGAGGAAAUCCGAGAUUUGAUCAAUCCAGUGAUGGAAGUGGUACUACCAGAAGAAAGUAAGAGCGACGUGACCAACGGGACAGUGCCAACAUUGAGCACCAUCACACUGGAGGAUGGAGCGCAGGAGGAGGUGAGCCACGUCACCACUUUUGUGGAGGAUGUCCCCGUAAAAUCUCCACAAGAAAAUAGAUCGCCACAGUCAAUCCUUCAGCAGCUAGGAGGAAACAAGAAACCGGAAGCUGAUAAGGAUGUAGCAGCUAUUCAGAGUGCUAUUGAGGAAAUAGAUUUAGCAGUAAAGGAAGGUGACAGCAAACAAACUGCUGAGGUUUGUGCAGCAAAAUCUGAUUCGUCACCACAGCCACCAGUGGCUACAGACUCCACCCCACAUGAGGAACCUCAGCCUGUCAAAAAGAGCCUGAAUGGUGAGGACAAUAUAAUUGACCCUGUAGAAGUGGAAGUGGUUUUAGCAUAGGAAGACUGCCAUCUGAAACACUCACUCUGUGAGAGAUGGAAGUGUGUUGCAUAUGGACUUUCAUUGUAUUGUUUCCUUGUUGAUGUUGCACACCUCAAGACCAAUUAUCUUCUCCUCUCCUUGGGAUCUCUGAGAUAGUUUCUGGGUGAGAGGUUUUUAUGUAUACAGUUUAAUAAUCUCCACGGAAGCUUCUUUCAUAUUUUGUGUAUGACACUGAAUGCGCACCAUAUGUAAUAAGAAUCUGGACCCUGCUGAAACCGGACCAGCACAAAAAAUACCAUUGCGGUCAAAUGGAAUAUACGCUAAAAUCUUGACGAUAAGCGACAUUUGCCAAUUUUGCAAUAAUGUGUUUACAGUAAUCUGUCGGACCUGACAGCAGGGGGUGCUAUAGCAUAAUCCUUCCCCUGCUGAAACCGGACCAGCACAAAAAAUACCAUUGCGGUCAAAUGGAAUAUACGCUAAAAUCUUGACGAUAAGCGACAUUUGCCAAUUUUGCAAUAAUGUGUUUACAGUAAUCUGUCGGACCUGACAGCAGGGGGUGCUAUAGCAUAAUCCUUCGUAUGUGUAUUCAAAUGGGUGUUUUAACUACAACUUUCAAAUCAUAAUCUAUUUUUCUAAGUGUGUUUGUAUUGAUAAUGUAGUCUCUACCUAAUGUGUGUUUUAACCAAUUGCUUUCAUAGGUAUUGGCUUAAUUUAUGGGAGUUUUAAAACCCAUGAUCACAAUAGAGACUACAUAUUGUGAUCAUGAACAUUAUUGGCUUUUUUAUAUUUCUCCAUCUUCACUGCAAGUAAGUACUUUAUCAUAUUUUUGUGGGUCUUCUUAAGCACAUUUUCUUAUUUCAUUCAUUGGGCUCAAAUGUUCAAUUUGCUCAACUCAAAUUGGCAUUGUGAACCAUAGAUGUUCAAAUUUUGUACCUAUUCAUCACUUCGAGUUUGGGAAGAAUAACCAAAUGAGUCACAAAUUGCAAAUUAGUCACUGGAGAAAACAUGUAUAUAUAAAUAUAUUUUAAAAAAUUGGAAGCUGAGAAAACUUGACGCACAAUGACAUGAAACACAAUUGAUGUAUACACAUCUUAAAAUUACAGUGCAGGACAUUUAUAAAGUAUGUGAUCCAUUUAAUCUUAAAUGCUGAGAAGAGAGUUGCAAAUCCUUCUCUCUUUUUAAAUCGCUUUUGCUUUAUUGUAAACCAUGUCACCCAUUGCAUAUUGGCACACUUGUCUCAACAACUAUGUUGCAAGCUUUUAGAUCCUUAAACUACAAUGCUUUCAAUUGAGGGACACUGACACAUCUUAUUUAUUUUAUCUGUGUAGUUGCGAUUUAGAAAAGCACAACUCUUGUUUCUGUCAUCUUGAAGUAUGUACAAACAUUUAUUGGUCAAUAAAGUAUUUCCUGAA